UCGGCGGGCUGGGGGAGGGGCAUCGUGGAGCCCGGCGGGGUCCGGAAAGCCGAAGGCCGGUUCGGCUCGAGACUCAAAGGACUAGCUAGGCUGAGGCCAGCGGACCGAAGUGGGUUUUCCUGGUGGGAAAUCCUGCAGUUCUUGGGCGGGAGGGCGUGGUUGGUCUGGUAGGGUCUGGCCACGCCCCCGGGGCCGGGAGACUUUGGCCUUGAUGACUCGGGUUAGAAUUAGGUAAAUCUCUGAGACCAGGAAGCAAGUGCACUAGUGACCCUUACACUGGGAGGGCUAGAGAGACCCUCAGUUAUGACCUGAGGGCGGAACUUCGUGGGCCAGGUGAGUACCCGGUUCUAGGUGAAGGGUCUUGAUUUGUAGGAUGUGAGGAACGUGCCUUAGAAUCGGAAGAGCUUUGAAAGCCUGAGCUCCUCUGUAUGGGCGCUUCCGUUUACGUAGUGGAACUGGGGUAAGAAUGCCUUGAAGCUACUGGGUGAAACCUGGUUGGCGUGAAGUUAAGCUUAAUAGGUAAUAGGGAGGUAGCUAGAUUUUGGAGUGUCUCAAAACUGAGUCGAACUCCAUCUCUUCCCCCAUCUUACUGUCCCCACUGCAUCCCUGCCUGGCAGCAAUCCAAGUCCUGGGCACUGUCAAAUGGUUCAACGUGCGGAAUGGUUACGGAUUCAUCAACAGGAAUGACACCAAGGAGGAUGUCUUUGUUCACCAGUUUGAGAACCACUGCUUUGGUGGAAAGCGCUCUCAGUGGGAUUGAGACAGCUAUUAAAAGAAACAACCCGAGGAAGUUUCUGCGCAGCGUUGGAGAUGGGGAGACUGUGGAGUUCGAUGUCGUGGAAGGAGAGAAGGGCGCAGAAGCUGCUAAUGUAACUGGGCCCGGAGGGGUGCCAGUGAAGGGCAGCCGCUAUGCCCCCAACCGACGUAGGUUCCGCCGAUUCAUCCCCCGGCCCCGCCCAGCUGCCCCGCCGCCCAUGGUGGCAGAGGCUCCGUCGGGCCGGACAGAACCAGGCAGCGAAGGGGAGCGUGCUGAAGACUCCGGGCAGCGGCCCAGACGACGGCGCCCACCACCCUUCUUCUACCGGCGGCGCUUUGUGCGAGGCCCUCGGCCCCCCACCCAGCAGCAGCCCAUAGAGGGCACUGACAGAGCAGAACCCAAAGAGACAGCCCCGUUGGAGGGGGACCAACAGCAGGGAGAUGAGCGGGUCCCCCCACCCAGAUUCCGGCCCAGGUACCGAAGGCCUUUCCACCCCAGGCCACCGCAGCAGCCCACCACAGAAGGUGGGGAUGGCGAGACCAAGCCCAGCCAAGGCCCCACUGACGGUUCCCGGCCUGAGCCCCAGCGCCCACGAAACCGUCCCUACUUCCAGCGGAGACGGCAGCAGCCCCCUGGACCCGGGCGGCCUGCAGCCCCGGAGCCUGACACCCAAGAGACAGUACUGCUGGGUCCACGCCUGGCGGGCACCCCAACCCACCAGGAAACCCCAGCAGAGACCUCGGCCCCCAUCAACAGUGGGGACCCCCCAACCGCCAUACCGGAGUGAUUCCAACUCAGAGGACACCCAGAGCCACCAUCUGGUAUCCGCCAGUUUUUCCAAGUGACCUGUAUCUUACCCAGCACCUCCCUCCCCGCUUUCCCACGAUUCAUGACAUCAAAACACCAGCUUUUUUCCCCUUUUCCUGGAGACUCAGGAGGGCCAAAGCAACAGCCUUUGGCUUUUUUUUUCUCUCUCUCCCUGACCGAGGGUUAAAGGAAGGGAUCCAUCCUUAUUGUUCAGAGGCACCAACUCCCUCCCCUAAAUCAGGCUGAGAAGGAACCAGCCAGCUCU